UGAGGCACGUGCGCACACGGGCAGGGGGCUGCGGUAUAGGAGGGGAACGCUUUGUUUAUAUCGGGGGGUGGCUGCGGUAAGGAAGGGGUUAAGGCACGGUCACACGAGCAAUAUUUUCGUCAAUAAAUUGCCAGAAACACAAUCCUGAGUCAAAGUUGUCAAUAAAUUGCCAGUUUUCGUGUUGACGGUCCUGCGCGUUAUUUAUUGCCUAAAGUUGGUUGAAGCCAGAAUGGUGAAAGCCCCACUAGCCAACAAUUUUUUACGUUUAUUACUUAUGUAACCUUUAAUUCAAUAUUUGGGAGGUAAAUAAAACAACUAAUAGGUGGCAAGAACCGAAUAUAGAACAGCCAAGAGCUCUUACUCCGUGAAAAAGUAGUAAACAGAGCCAGUCAAAGCAGCCCCGGCCAGUCCGCCAUAGUGUCCUGUGUAUCCUUGCCUCAUCGCACACAGUAGAUUCAAUUUUUGAAGUGAUGGCUACCAGUACCAAGAUUCCAUGGACUCGGACUUCUGAGGCUUCUUUGUUGGAGUUGGUGAGACAGAAGAGAUUUUUAUGGGACCAUAAAGAUGCACUGUACUCCAAAACAAAGGUGAAACAAACUGCCUUCGAUGCCAUUGCCAAGGAACUUUGGGAGGAAUAUACAGAACUAUCUCAACUGAAUGGAGUUGAUGUAAGAAUAAAGUUUAAGAACUUGAGGACAUACUUCAUGAAUGUUUACAACAAAAUGAAGAAUGCUCCCAGUGGUUCAGAAGGAUGCCCGGGGAGACCCUGGCAACUAUUUGAUAGUGCAUCUUUCUUGAUUGAUUCACUACUGGAGAAAACACCAACAGUAGCCACAUAUGUGAUACCUCCUGCAGACACAAUAUUUACAAUUGAAGGUGAUGGCUGCCUCAUAGCAGAUCCAGAUGUCCAACCUCUUGGCAGUGAAUCAUGUGGGAGCUGGAGUCAAGGGUCUAAUGAGUGCAGAGGCUUUCCUAGUGGGUCAAGCACCAGUAACAUACCUGAGAUUGGCAGUCAUGAAUCAUCAGGUGCUUGCAGCCUUUCAUUAAUGGAAACUCCCCUUAAAAGGAAGAAAGCACAUGCACAGGGGCGCAGUGUGAAAAGAAAGGAGGACAAGGACCCAGUUAUGGAUAUCCUUCAAAAUAUCGGGGGGUAUAUGGAAAAAAGAAAUAAGGUUGAUAAAGUGGAUGUUGCUAUAGAGCACAUAGUAGAGACUGCAAUUCAAUCUUUACCUAUUGAAGCUAAAUUGGAAUUCAUUCCAAGAGUUUUAAAUCUCAUUAAAGAAAUGAAACGUGAAAUAUCUGCAGGAGAGAAUAAUUCUAUAUGAUCUGUCUCCAUGUCUGCCUGUACCCUUUCUCUCUCUCUCUCUCUCUCUCUCUCUCUCUCUCUCUCUCUCUCUCUCUCUCUCUCUCUCUCUCUCUCUCUCUCUCUCUCUCUUUAUUAGCUCUGAUUGUCAGUCACCUUCCAAGGCAUCUUACUUGUUUAUUUUUUUUGUGGAAAAUAAAAUUUUCAAAGUUA